AUGGAAGAGAAAUGUUCGGAAGUGAUAUAUGCCUGGAAACCACAAUCGCGACUUCAACACCUGAAACGCUGGGCUCUUCUGUCAGUGGCAGCAUUAUUCGGGCUGCUGCUUGUAUCGGAAUUCAAUGGCCUGACGAAAGAAUGGCGGCCGUGGUGUGGACAUAGAGAUCAGUUCUCCACGGAACCCACCAUGUGGCACCCAUGUGGAGAUCUCUCGGGUAGCCCACUCCAGUGCGCCAGCAUCGAAGUUCCGAUGGAUCAAUUUGACCCUGAGAAUUCAGGAAACAAGACCUUCACUAUACCACUCAUUCGUCUCUCCGGCAAAAAAGGGAGUCCAAAUCUCCUCCUCAAUCCUGGCGGACCCGGGGGGAGCGGCUUUGAGUUUCUGUACCGCCGCGGCGAACAGCUCAAGGCACUGGUUGGCGAAGGUUUCCACCUGGUAUCAUUUGAUCCUCGCGGUGUCAAUAGCUCAACGCCUGCGGCCUCUUGCUAUCCCGAUGCCAAGACGCGACAUGAGCUGUCACGCGUUCGAGCGACCAAUAUCUCACGAGAUAGCUCUGAGGUCUUUGCAUGGUCACAGAAUCAUGGCAAAGCCUGUUCUGAUACGAUGGGCGAAUAUGGUGAAUAUAUCAACACCCCGCAGACGGCAGCCGACAUGAACAGCAUAUUGGAUGCGCUUGGCCAGGAUGAUAUGUUCUAUUGGGGGUUCAGCUAUGGCACUCUGCUUGGGCAGACGUACGCAAGCCUAUUUCCGGAAAGAUCAAAGCGUGUCAUUAUCGAUGGAGUCGUGAACCAGUUUGAAUGGUACGAAAAGAACAUCGAGUUGGAAGCAAUGGUUGAUACGGACGCUGUGCUUAACGGCUUCUUUGACGAAUGCAUGAAGGCUGGCAUCAAAAACUGCGAGCUAUCAUCACUGGCGACAUCCACAGAAACACUGCACCAGACAGUAAUCUCUUACAUGGAGACACUUAAGGUGGAACCAAUCAGUGUCUACAUAAACAACACUUACUACGGCGUACUCGACUAUGAAAUGAUCUUAUAUAAUGGCUUCUUUCCGGCCUUAUACAAACCUCCAACAUGGUUCUCCCUAGCUGACAACCUAUACAAACUCAUCCAAGGAAACGCGACCGAUGCUUUCCUGGCGUAUGGGACCGACGAAAAAAGCCUGGAUGAAUCGAAUGACUUUGUGACUCUGAAUGACGGGCUCAGUGGUCCUGAUCAUUGGCCCCAGAGUAAACAGCAAAUGCUUGACUGGAUCAUGCCAUGGCUCAACCAAAGUAUGUUCAUUGGUACAUUUAUCAAGCCAUACUUCUUAAAACAGCAUUGGGAUGUGCCAAAGACACAUUCAUACGUGCCCCGCAAAGGCGUCAAGACGGCACAUCCACUAUUGAUCCUCUCGACAACCUACGACCCUGUGUGUCCACUCAUAUCGGCCCGAUCAGCCAACGAUGCAUUCGUGGACUCGCAGAUCGUCGAGGUCAAAGGCUAUGGUCACUGUUCUGUUGCAGUGGCGUCCACUUGCGUCGCGAAAAUCUUGCGCGAGUUCUUGUAUGAGGGCAAAAUGCCCAAUGCAUAUACACAAUGCGAGGUGGAUUCAAAAUACUUUGUCCGGCCAGAUAGUGGUGAACAACUUACAGCGCAGAGACACUUUGAGGAUCCGGAGGAUGAAAGACUCCAUCUUGCACAAUUGGCACUGGCGAGGGACUGGGAAUAUUUGGGGCCGCGAAAAUAUCAAUGA